ACAACCACAACCACAACCACAACCACAACCACAACCACAACCACAACCACCGCAGUCGUGGAUGCUGCUGUUGUUGAAGACUCCGUACUGCGACCAAGGAUGGCAACGCUGCUUCGCAAGUUCCUGAUGCAUCCACCCAGGGUCCACGUGAUUGAUCUGAACGAGCCAGGGCGCGAGGAUAUCAACGGGCAGUGUGGUCGGCGCGUCAAACGACUGCUUGACACAGGCAACGGCAACCAGUACCUGUACAAGUUUGCAUCAGAGCUGCUCUUGCCGCAGGCCAUCAGGAACAGUGCACUGCACACGGACGAUGCGGAGGCUGCUGAUCUCAUCCUCAUCCAGUACUGUGUGAUGAUCUGGGGAAUGCAGGGCGAGAAGAUGAUGGACAUCAGGCCCCUGCUUGAAAAGCGACCCGUGCUGGCUCGCCGCUUUCAGCAGAACCCAGCUCGCUUCCUUGUUGUUCUGUCCAGCGACCACGGGCCAUGUCACAACUUCAAUGAGCACUUGACAGGCAGGAGGCUCGUCAAGCGGUGGAUCGACCGGUCCCUAGAGAAUGCCACGCUUCUCAUGAACGACGGGAGUCUGGUCAACAAAUGCUAUCGGCCAGGAAAGGAUGUUGUCAUCCCACCCAGCACGUGGAUCGGCAAUGCGACGUUUGCGUGUUCACGCCCCAUCACAGACCGGAAACACUUUGCGUUCUUUGCCGGCGCCGCCAGCUCUCUCAUCCGGGAGUACAUCAUCAAUGAACUGGGCAAUGAGGACUGGCUCUUCAUCCCACAUGAUCUACAACACGAGGAGUACAUGUGCGAGAUGGGCAAUGCGGUGUUCUGCCUUGCGCCACGGGGGCGGGCGGCGUGGAGUCCUCGGCUCGUUGAAGCGUUGGAAGCAGGCUGCAUCCCCGUCAUCAUCGCAGACAUGAACCAUGAGCCCUUCCACGAUGUGCUCGACUACAGUACAUUCACCGUCCAGGUCCACGAGGACAAGCUGGAAACGCUCGGGGAGCAGCUGCACAGCAUCAGCAGUGGGCAGGUGGCACGACUGCAUGCAAAUGGACAGCGUGCGCGGGCACAUUUCCGGUACCCACCACCCGCACGCAGCGGCGGUGUCGGCGGUGUCGACGGUGUGGUGUUGAGUGCGAGAGGGGAUGUCAAUGCACAGGGCGGGGAAGCGAUGGAUGCCGCGAUGACGGCCGUGUUCUCGGCAUGGCUGAGAAUACAGCACAGCGAGGGGUGA